CUUUUGGAUUACUUCCGUCGCACUCCAUCGGAUUAUCCAGUGUUUCUGUGAAUUCUUGGCAGUGUUUAUCGUUCUAAGCACUAACUUCAGGAUGUCAGUGCUCAGGAUCUUGGCACUGUUCACCAUUGGCGUGAGCAUGGUGGCAGCGCAGCGCCGGUUGGCCCUUCCCGAUCCCAGGAGUUGUGCAAAUCGCGUCCGUCAUGCCACUUAUCGCGAUGCUCGUGGAGUCGCUCACUCCUACUUCUUCAGUUGGGAGCAUCAGCCAACUCGCAGUCUCGAGGUGGACUGGCUGGACGCCAGGAACAUCUGCCGUCGUCACUGCAUGGAUGCCGUGUCCAUGGAGACGCCACAGGAGAACGAGUUCAUCAAGCAGCGCAUAGGGCGCGGCAAUGUGCGCUACAUCUGGACUUCUGGCCGCAAGUGCAACUUCGCCGGCUGCGACCGUCCGGAUCUGCAGCCGCCCAAUGAGAACGGAUGGUUCUGGUCGGGCUCCGGCGCCAAGAUCGGACCCACGAGUCAGCGCAACACGGGCGACUGGAGCUACACCGGAGGAUACGGCCAGGCCCAGCCAGACAACCGAGAAGCCGCCCAGGGCAACGACGAGUCCUGCCUGUCCAUCCUCAACAACUUCUACAACGAUGGCAUCAAGUGGCACGACGUCGCCUGCCAUCACCUGAAGCCCUUCGUCUGCGAGGACUCCGACGAGCUCCUCAACUUCGUGCGCUCUCGCAAUCCCGGCAUCCGCCUCUAAAGCACCUUCGGCAUUCACUGGAAAAUCCCACGCAAGAGAAAGUUAAUUUAUAUUAUAUAUAAAUUGAGAAUGGAUUCAGGACAACUGGAAAAGAUCACAGAAGGGGCGCAAAUAUUCAUUGGUAGUUUGCUAGAUAUCUGACUAAUUCCUUUCGCCAUUCUAAUUCACAACUUUUGUGUUCUAUUUUGUCGUUCUUGUCUCCCAACAAAGAAAGUAGAGGAACUCUUCAUGCGGCACUUGUGAAUACAAUCUCACACCUGAAUUUACUCUAAAAAAAUGUCUAUCAAUUGAGAAAUGGAGGAAUUAUUUAAAAGACAAGAUUGAAAUA